AUGUCACUGUUGGGGGAGACUCAAGAAGUACACACUGACAUUGGUCUGGAGUACUACCGCCAGUCUCAGCUGAUGGAUCCUGCGCGAUGGGACGAGGUAGCCAAGCGAGUCCUGAGGAAGGUCGACUUUAUUCUGCUUCCUGCCGUAAGUUACCAUCUCUCUGUCAUUGUGGAACGAAUUCUGACCGUGUCAAUUCAGAUGACCUUGAUAUAUCUCCUCUCAUUUUUGGACAAACAGACUCUCAACUAUGCCUCCGCAUAUGGUCUAAAGAAAGACUUGAAUCUUGUUGGAGACCAGUACUCGUGGAUCCCAUCUAUCACCAAUAUCGGUUACCUAGUCGGCUCCUACCCGUCUAGCAUCUGUCUGCAGAAACUGCCAAUUGGAAAGUUCAUCUCCUGCAUGCUCCUGUGCUGGAGCAUAUUACUAGUCUGUACUAUCGGCACAAAAACUUUACAGGCUUGA